AGUGAGGGAGUGUUAAGACAAACGCCGAGGCCGUGGAGCUGGUUAAGACCAACUUUUUUGGAACAUAAUGACGAGGCCAGGGAGAGACGGACAUGAAGAUAUCAUCAGGCGACUUGCAAGACCAAAUGAAGCAAAAAGACACAAACCUGUUUUUGGACAGUCGCCUUUCACGGUAUGGACGCUGGCGCCCAUCUUAUCGCAGGGAGACAACUGCUCGCUCUCCCCCUUUUGAUCCGACAAAUUUAGUCUAGACUAGGUGCUGCUGGCCUAGAGAAUAGUUUCCUCUGUGCUGUUUUGUCGAUGCUGUAACGAUCAGCAGCGAACGUCCACUUCUUUUGUCCGCCACCUUCAAGUUUUUUUUUUGUUUUUUUAACCAGUUAGUUUGCAGACUCCCAAGAUGUUUGCCAUCGGCCUGCUCACCAUUGGAGCCAUCCCCACGACCAUUGGGGUCGCCGAGGCCAUCAGCGCCCAGAAGAAGCAGAACGCGGCCCAAAAGGAGCAGGCCAAGUUCCAUCUGACAGCAAAGCUAGCGCUGGGCGGACGCCAGCCCAUGGAGGCGUUGGUGGUGCUCAGAGAUGGAAAACUCUGGAUUGACCACCAGGAAAGUCCCGUCGAAGGACACAAGUUCACAGGAUAUUACUUCACAUAUCCAAGCGAGGAGCAGCACAAGGGGCUCGUGAGCACAAUAUCGAUCGACCCGCCCAUGCUCAAUUGGAUUUACGCCGACAAGGACACGGGCAUCAUCAAGUACGGCGGCAGAAAAGAAACGAUAGGUCAUGUGAUAGGGCCCUGGUGGUGGAAUGCAGACGAGACAUUCCUCACACUGCAAGGAAAGCCAGACUGCUUUGUGGCUGAAGAGGAUCCAGAGAGCAGCAGGUGGUUUGUGACUCUUGCGAACCGUGGAGGCUCGGGUGGUGGGGGUACAAAUGACGGAGAUCGACCUCGUCAUCGAGAUCGCCAAGACAAGGAGGAUGAAGACGAGGCAGAGGAAGACGAAGACGAAGUAGACGAGCCUGAUUAUGACAGCGUUGGAGAGCCAGCAGAGGAAGAUGAGGAUUUUGAUUGCGGGCCUCGGCGGGUCCCCAUCAGACUACGGCGGAGGAUGAUGCUAGGGAUGGAGAGCAAGUACGUUAAGAAUGACAAGAACGAGGGCUGAAAGUCAACAACGAGUUGUGUUAAAUUGGGCAAGAAAAACACCACAGAAAAAAAAAAAACACAAAUAAACACC